AUGGCCAGUCGGGGAGGAGCUACGAGACCCAACGGACCCAAUGCAGGGAACAAGAUCUGUCAGUUUAAGCUGGUGCUGUUGGGGGAGUCGGCUGUAGGGAAGUCCAGCUUAGUGCUCCGCUUUGUCAAGGGUCAGUUCCACGAAUUCCAGGAGAGCACAAUAGGAGGUGAGUUUAGUAUCAACACAUACAUGGCUCGCUUUAAUGAGCUGCCAGUUGUUUGUAGAUCAAACAGGGUUGUUAGUGAAUGCAUCUGCACGAAGCAAACUAGGUAUGUAACUGUUUUCACACCAUCAGACUAAAUUCUUCAAACAUAUGAGUAAAGACCCCAAUAUCAAAGCGAUUUGCAAAAGUAUGACAGUUUGUUUCAUUAUAGACCUUCUAUAACCUGAUAUUGUACAUUAAAAAACAUAAUACUUUGUUUUGGUAAACUGUAUUCAGGGUUUUUCCUGGCUCAAAUUGAGGCAGAGGUGGCACCAUCCUGACCAUGCGCCAUGACGUGCAUGUAUUUGUAAAUUCAACUGACUCACAUUUUUUACAGGCAACAUACUUUAAGUUAAGAGUUCAAAAAAAGAGUGUGACCAUUAUCAUGUUAAAGCAUUCAUUUAUUAAAACUAUAUACAUACACAAAUCAGCUGGCAACUUUAAAUUGAAAGUACACUUCAUCCACACAUCUCACAACCAGACAGAACAUUUCAGCCUCCUCUCUUUCAUUCUGUAGAACCUCCUCAUGCACUCCUUGUAGUCCAAGGCCUCCUGGUCUGGUCCAUCAACGGCCACCUUACAACAGACAUCCAAGUGCCUCUCCUUCAGUCUGUUCCGCAGAGGUGUCUUCACCUUAAACAAAACAAUUCAUCAUGCAUUAAGUAUUUUUGUUUUUAUUCUGAUACAGACAUGAAGAGUGAUAGUGUUUUAAUCAUAUAUUAUAUAUAUGUAUACGCUGGAGUGUCCUCCCUAAAAAAACGACAACCGAUUAUUGCUUAAACUAUCUAAACUAUGUUAUUUUAGUUUUUGUAACUUUAUUAGUUGAGUGUUUUUAGGUACUACCAUCUUUAAUAUAUUCUCCUUCUCUUCUGCUGCUUUGUGAAUGGCUGUCACCUCAUGUCUUUUUAAUGUGUCCAGCCUGUAGUUGGUUGAUGGCUGUCUCACUAAGGAGGCAGCAAUUGCCUGCUGUGUUGGGGCACAGUGCUUUUGGCAUCAAUAGCAGUGCAUGCCUUCCUCAGUAUGCCUGAGCCAGGUAAAUUGAUUGAGCCACUGCUUGUCAAAGCCACUGGCUCUGUGUUUUUGAGAAGAUCUAGACAGAGGAAUAAAAACCACGUACACGUUGGUUUUGCGUUGUUAUGCUCCUAAUUGGAAACUAAUUAAUUAAUUACCCUCACCUCGCCGACUCGUCCUGUCCUGCAUUCUGACCCUCGCGAUCACCAGUCCCUUGUGAAGUACUUUCAGACCUGACACAAAUGUCCACGUUGUCCCCACCAUGAGUUAUAGCAUUUUAACUGCCUGUUACGUUUUUUCUCUGCUGUGUUUCACCUGGACUCUUGACUUUCCUCCUCGCGAGGUCGCUUUUUAAAGUACUGGCUGAUUUAGCCUGUCAUAUCUGCAACGCUAAAAAAACGGAGGAAACUUUUUUUUUUUAAUAAACACGUCAUGCUUGGAUGCAAAAAAGACAAGCAGUAUUUACCUGUUUGUACCAGCCGCCGGGGAAAAUCAGGUCGCCGAUAGCACCAACUAGCGGGAAAAAAACUUGAAAAAACAUGAUUCGAUCCGUUUCUUCUUCGGUAGAUGCUUCAGGUCUUUCCGGUGCACUGCUGUUGAUAUAGCGCCUUUAUAGUGGCGCAACGCUGCAACUGCAGUUAAGAUACGUUGCUGCUGCAGAGGGACAUCAUACACUCAAUCAACACAGCUGGAGCUUUACGCUGUGUUGAGCGAAAUCAAUCGCUCUGGCUGGGGGCGGCACAAAAUUAGGUGGAGGCGGCCGCCACGCAAUUUUGAACGCAGGAAAAACCCUGUGUAUUUAUAACCUUUUAUACAUGAUCUGUAACCAUUUUUAUUGUAAAUAUUUAGCACGAUAAUCCUCCCCUCCUUUCUUUCAGCUGCCUUCCUCACCCAGACAGUGUGUCUAGAUGACACAACAGUGAAGUUUGAAAUCUGGGACACUGCAGGUCAGGAGCGCUACCACAGUUUGGCGCCAAUGUAUUACAGAGGAGCGCAGGCCGCCAUCGUCGUCUAUGAUAUCACAAACGAGGCAAGUUCAUCUAUCAGUGAACGAGUUUAUAGAACUUAACUCUCACUUUAGAUUGUAAAAAUAUUACCAAGCAUGUUCAAACUCUCAAUAGUUUUAGCUCAAAAACUCAUGUUCAUAUUUUUCUGUAAGAUUGUCCUAUCAAAUGGUGAACAUCUUUGAAACCACCAGUCAUGUGAUGGUUUAACAUGUGGCUUUGUUUUCUCUGAACAGGAGUCCUUUGCUCGGGCAAAGAACUGGGUAAAGGAGCUUCAAAGACAAGCUAGCCCUAAUAUAGUCAUCGCUCUGUCAGGCAACAAGGCCGACCUCGCCAACAAGAGGGCUGUUGACUUCCAGGUCAGAGCAAACCCACACACUUUGGUUUGGUUUUAUGUGGUCACAUCACAUGCAUGAGCUGUGGGUCGGUAGAGCAGAUGCAGAAGGCCCCAAGUUCAACCCUCAACCUGCUAACAUUCGUUGCAUGUCACUCCGGAUUUCCCUUCUUCUGCAUUUACUCUCAAUAAUCAGCUGACCUGUGCAGUUGGUCCUGUUAGUCUUAGCUGUCAAGACUCUGUAAAUCUCAAUAACACUCAUGUCUUCCUGUCCUCUCUUCCCUGAAGAUGUGUGUGUAAGAAAUGACAACUAAACAAUGUUUACAUUUUGUCAACAGGACGCCCAGUCCUACGCAGAUGACAACAGUUUACUUUUCAUGGAGACAUCAGCCAAGACUUCUAUGAAUGUGAAUGAAAUAUUUAUGGCAAUUGGUGGGUAGUAUUUACAUUCUAUCAGAAUCAAAGUUCUGUAUGUUACUCUCUGUAUGUACCAUUUUUAUCUUUCUAGAACUGGAUUUUUAGGCUGUUUGAUGAAAGUUACACAAUUCCAUAUUUGCAUUUCUGCAUCCUCCAAAUAUAAAUUCCUGUGGUUUUGUUUAUAUUUGUCUGAUUUUAUUUUCCCUUUAGCAAAGAGAUUGCCGAAGAGCGAGCCCCAGGCCCCAGGAGCCACCAGUGCACGGAACCGAGGAGUGGACCUGACAGAAGCUGCUCAGCCAGCCAAGGCUCCGUGCUGCAGUAACUAA